CAAUGAAAAAAUUUGAGAGCAGGCCUGCUCGGCUUUGGUUCUUACACUUUGGAGGUCGGCAACGACAAAUCGUCCGACGGGCGUGGCUGUCUAUCUGGGAAUUCAGAGUUGGCUGAUGAGUGUUGCUGCUGACAGUCCAUCGCAGUCUGCCUCUUGUCACAUCGCAUCAUCUCCAGAGCUGCACUACCCAUCGGAGUAAGACGGUUGUUGGUGUUGUCGUUGGUGGAGUGCACUAGAGAGAAGCAGGAGGUCAUUAGUAGCGACUAUCCUUGAGUUAUCUCAACAAAAAUCAACUCGACGUGUUGGAAAGUCAUCACAAGAACUCGGUGAAAAGUUGUCAAUCUUGCUCGGCGAAGAAAUUUCAAUAUGACGUACAGAUCUCGAGGACGAUCCCUGAUAGAAGUUAUCCUGGCUGUCUGCUUUGUAUGCUUUCUGGUGGGUUUCAUCACGGUGCUUUGCAUCGGUAACUACUUCCGGGCUAAACGGGCUCAAGAACGGCAACGACAGCGGCGACUGGCAAAGUUAGCAUCCUCAGGCAACAAUGGACAAUAUGCGGCAGAUCCGAACUAUUCAGGGACAUAUGAAGCGCCAAUGCCUACUGACGAUGGUCCUGGAGUGGGGGUUCCGGCCUAGGCAGACAUGGAUGGAACGGAAGCUAAUAGAAAAAGAGCCACCGACAACAACGAGCGCCCCCCGCAUGACCGUCAUGCUGUAGGAGAUAGAUGACAACCCACUCUGGUUUGGCUGCUCAAGGAUACACACGAAUCAAGGAUGGCUGGAAUGAUGUAUCUAGAGUUUUCACCACCACCAUGAAAAACAAACAACACACAAUCUGCACUAAUAGUUACUAGCCGAUUUUGCGGUAUUUUGGGAUUCCUUGUAGGAACCUUUUCCGUCCACUUUUCCACUG